AUGAGCGCAAGCAGCCUCUCUUGGGACCAGGCUGUUCUCCAGCCUCCGGUGUGUGAUGCCUGGAAGGAGGUUAUGGAGGGAGCAGCCUACCAGCUGGCCAGCUGCAUCGUCCUCCUGGGUUACAUGGGGGGAAGUGGUAUCUUUGGGUCGCUCUACAUCUUUGGCCUCCUGGCCCCGGGCUACUUCUGCUAUGCUCUGUGGGGCUGGCUGAGUGCCUGUGGGCUGGAUAUCUUCAUCUGGAACGUGCUGCUGGUCCUCAUCUGCUUGCUUCAGCUGGCUCACCUGGCUUACCGGCUCCGCAGAGAUACCAUCCCGGAAGAGUUUGACCUCCUCUACAAGACCAUGUACCUGCCCUUGCAGGUGCCCCUGGAUGUCUACAAAGAAAUCGUGAAGUGCUGUGAAGAGCAAGUCCAGUCGCUAGUCAGAGACCAGAAUUACGCAGUGGAGGGCAAGACGCCCAUCGAUCGCCUAUCGUUGCUGCUGUCUGGCAGGAUCCGAGUGAGCCAGGACGGACAGUUCCUUCACUAUGUCUUUCCGUACCAGUUUCUGGACUCUCCAGAAUGGGAGUCGCUGCGACCCUCCGAGGAAGGAACUUUCCAGGUCACACUGACGGCUGAGACUGAUUGCAGCUUCAUCACCUGGCCAAGGAAGAAGCUGUAUCUUCUCCUGAGGAAGGACCGCUAUGUUGCCCGGCUCUUCUCCUCCCACUUGGGCUAUGACAUCUCGGAGAAGCUCUACUCCCUCAAUGAGAAGCUCUUCGCUAAGUUCGGCCUUCGCUUCGAUAUCCGCUUGCCCAGCCUCUACCACGUCCUUGGGCCGGCCUCCUCUGAGGGGGAGCCGGAGGACUGUGAGGAGCUGACACCUGCCUCUGGCCAGGCACAGCCACCGCCGCCACCGGCUCCGCGCCUCCGGGCAUCCCGUCCCGACAGUGACCUGCUGGCCUCUGAAAACCUUCUCCGGAGUUACCCCCAUGCUCUCUGCAAAGGACGAGCCCCUCUGGCUCCCACUCACACCCCCGAACUCUAG